CCUCUAGCUACCUAUAUAGCGACCUCUUGUUUUAUCACAUUUCAAUUCAAAAAACCUAAACGUCAAACCCUCCGCCAUUGUCCCCUUCUAUUCAACAGUGGGCUUAUAUACACUUCAUUCAGUCAUUCCUCCCUUUUUCAGUAUACUCCAUACUAUUCUCUAUUUGUAUCUUCGGAUUCAGCCUAUCGAAGAUGUCGCUGAGGCCGAACACGAGAGUUGAGGAUCGCCGGAACCGGUACAAGGUUGCCGUGGACGCGGAGGAGGGUCGCCGGAGGAGAGAGGACACCAUGGUAGAGAUUCGCAAGAAUCGAAGGGAGGAGUCAUUGCAGAAGAAGCGGCGUGAAGGGCUUCAAGCAAAUCAGCAAUUUGAUCUUCCUGCCCAUUCCGAAAAGAAGCUGGAUGCUCUACCCGCAAUGGUAGCUGGUGUUUUAAGCAAUGAAGGCAACUUGCAGCUUGAGUCAACUACUCAGUUUCGAAAAUUACUUUCAAUAGAAAGGAGUCCUCCAAUUGAUGAAGUGAUCCAAGCAGGUGUAGUUCCUCGGUUGGUUCAAUUUCUCGCCAGGGAUGACUUUCCGCAGCUUCAGUUUGAGGCAGCAUGGGCACUCACCAAUAUUGCUUCAGGAACAUCUGAGCAUACUCGGGUGGUAAUUGAUUCUGGAGCCGUCCCAAUCUUUGUGAGGCUUCUCAGUUCUUCUAGUGAUGAUGUCCGGGAACAGGCUGUAUGGGCUUUGGGGAAUGUAGCUGGUGAUUCUCCCAAAUGUCGGGAUCUUGUGUUAAGCUUGGGUGCUCUAAAUCCUUUGACUGCUCAGUUGAAUGCAAAUGCCAAGCUGUCUAUGCUGAGAAAUGCCACCUGGACGCUCUCAAAUUUCUGUAGAGGCAAACCACAGCCCCCUUUCGAACUGACUAGGCCAGCGCUUCCGAUACUUCAGCAACUUACACAAUCAACUGAUGAAGAAGUUAUUACAGAUGCAUGUUGGGCUCUCUCGUAUCUGUCAGAUGGUACUAAUGAUAAAAUUCAAGCUGUCAUUGAUUCUGGAGUGUGUCCACGAUUGGUGGAGCUUCUACAGCACCCUUCACCUUCAGUUAUAGUCCCUGCAUUGCGUGCAGUUGGGAAUAUCGUCACCGGAGAUGACAUGCAAACUCAGUGUAUUAUUGAGUACCGUGGGCUGUACUGCCUAACAACAUUACUAACGGGCACCUACAAGAAAAGUAUUAAGAAGGAAGCCUGCUGGACGAUCUCAAACAUUACUGCUGGCAACAAGGACCAGAUCCAGGCUGUGAUAGAAGCUAAUAUAAUUGGACCUCUUAUUGAUUUGCUUCAAAAUGGAGAGUUUGAUAUUAAAAAAGAAGCUGCUUGGGCUAUCUCAAAUGCCACAUCUGGGGGUAGUCAUGAUCAGAUUAAGUACCUUGUAAGUCAAGGUUGUAUCAAGCCACUGUGUGAUCUUCUCGUUUGUCCUGACCCAAGAAUUGUCACUGUCUGCCUCGAAGGACUUGAAAACAUUCUGAAGGUUGGGGAAGCUGAGAAGAACAUGGGCUUGAUGGGCGACACAAAUGGUUAUGCUCAAAUGAUCGAGGAUUGUGAAGGUUUGGAAAAAAUAGAGAACCUUCAAAGUCACGACAACCAGGAGAUUUAUGAGAAGGCGGUGAAGAUUCUAGAGACUUAUUGGUUGGAGGAAGAAGAUGAUGCUAUGCCACCCGGCGAUGUUGCAUCUGAGCAACAGGGUGGAUUCCAGUUUGGUGCCAGUGGAGAUGUAGCCGUUCCUUCGGGUGGUUUCAGCUUCAACUGAGUGAAUGUGUCAUGGAUGGUGUGUUGUGCAUGCGGUUUGUUGCUUUGCACAUUUAUUUUGACUUCAUAAAAUUGCGAAAAGCGGUUUUAUAUUUCUGAUGACCUUUUCAUCAAUUUCUGCGUAGGUUUUACUUGGUUUUCAACAGGAUUUUGCACGUUCUAUUUAUUUCCUGCAGUUCAACAUGUGGUAGUCUUGCUGCUCCUCACAUCUAGACUCUAGAGACAUACUUGGGCUGCUACUAUAUGGUUUGGUGAUCAAAGAGAGAUUCAUUUAUUUUCUUGAGAACUACUUUGUGGUUUUACUAUUCAAGUACUUUUAGUAUACAUCCAUGUUCAUGCUGGGAAUUUUGACAAUCUGAAGUCUGGAUUUCCCCAGCUUUGUACUAAACUUUAAGGUGGAAAAGGGUUCACCUUUUUUAUUAUGAAUAUUUUAUUGCAGUAUAUCGACUUGCUUCAUGUUUUUUCAUGUAUGUUUCAGAUGAAACACAUGGAAAUGAAAUUUGUUGUGUGAACAAACUAACAAAGUAAGAAUUAAU